AUGGCGCCGCCCGCCGUAAAACGAAGAAAGCUAGACCAUAGCGACCUAGAAGAGGAGAGUGAAGGGAGCUUUGCGGGGUUCGAUGGUGUUAGCGACGCAGCAUCCGACACAAGUGCUGGCGCGGGAGAAAAUGGCGACGAUGGAAGCGAUGUUUCGAUGAACGGCGCACAAGACUUUGAAGACUUGGAGGAGCUAGACAAUGCCAGCGAGGAAGAGGACGAUGAUGAUGAAGUGGCGGAAGAAGAGGGGAGCAAGCCAGCGCCAGCUGUGAAAGCGUCUACUCAAACGAAGCCGCCGAAGCGCCCUGCCGCCAGCCUCGAAGACGGCGUGUAUACGUCCGAGGCUUUCAAGUCGAAUUUGUUCAAACUACAAGUUGAUGAGCUCUUGGAGCAAGUAAAGCUGAAACAUGGGAAGAAAGAAGCCGCUGCAGAGAAUGCGAUGCGGACACUGAAGGCCCUAAUCGAGCAGAUUCCCAGUCGAGAGCCUCUUGCAGUCUCCGAAGCCGAGAAAAGCCUCAAGUCGUCCGGAGUAGCGGUACCUUUCCCCGUCCCAGGCCCACCGAAAGACGCCAAAUACAAGCUACAAUACGAACGGCCCGCUAGCAUCAAUGCGACCGGCAGUUACCCGCUCAAGAUUGCGACUCGCAACAAUGACGAGUUCUCCAUUGACUUGGUUGUGACUAUGCCAAAAAGCAUUUUCACAGACAAGGACUACCUGAACCACCGAUACUUCUACAAGCGCGCAUUCUACCUGGCGUGUCUUACAUCAGGGAUCAAGGCAUCGAAGGAACACACGUUCAAGCUUUCGUACGACUAUCUCAACGGGAACCAGCUCCAGCCGAUCUUGGUGGUCCGCCCAAGCGGUAACGGCGACGGCGACGACUUUUCGAGCGCAAAGUGUGCGAUCAACAUCCUGGUCGCCGUGCCAGAAGACACCUUUCCCAAGAACAAGCUGCAGCCAGGCUCGAACGGUGUGCGACCGAAGGAGGCCGAGGACGAUGCGGUGAACAGGGCACUCUCACCUACGCCAUUCUACAACAGCACAGUGCAGUCAGAUGCGAAUGUCACUGCGUAUCUCAAGCUAUUACACGCCACAGCUUCGAAAGCUGACGCAUUCAGAGAUGCAUGUGUACUUGGUCGUGUUUGGCUGAAGCAACGUGGACUUGGAAGCCGAUCGCGCAAAGGCGGAUUUGGCAACUUCGAAUGGGCUACACUUGUGGCACUGCUACUCCAGCCAGACAUAGGUAUAGGGGGACAAGCGCUUUCUACAGGCUACAGCAGCUAUCAGCUGUUCAAGGCGACCCUUCAAUUCCUCGCACGCCACGACCUUUCCAAGAAGCCGUUCAUGAUACAGGCCCCAGGCGUCACCAUCCCCAAGAAUCAGAGCACGCCUGUCUUCUUUGACGGAGCUCGAGGACAGAACAUAUUGUUCAAGAUGACUCCGUGGUCUUACAGGCGAUUGCAAAUUGAAGCCAAAUCUACCGUGGACAUGUUGAGUGACUCCGUUUUCGACCAAUUCGAUUCAACGUUCAUUCUAAAGACCGAGCUUCCCAAAUUCAAAUACGACGCGACCCUGGAAAUCCCGCUUUCGGCCUUCGAAAUCGAUGCAGAGAGUGAGAGCCAGCAUGACAAGCUCAUCCUUACCUGCAGUAAGAUGAGUAAUGCGUUAACACGCGCACUGACUGAUCGUAUUACUGCACUAUCGUUCACCCUGCCCGAGGAAGAAACCUGGUCUCCUGCCUCGCAACGUCCGAAGGGUGAUCUACGUGGCUGUCUGCUUGUGAGCUUGGCGACCGAUCCUGCAAAUGCCAGUCGUACUGUAGACCAUGGCCCGUCUGCCGAGAACAAGCAGGAAGCUGCUGCUUUCCGCAAGUUUUGGGGCGAGAAGUCUGAAUUAAGACGUUUCAAGGACGGCAGCAUCCUCGAAAGUGUGGUCUGGUCAUCGAAGGAUGCUUCUGUGUCUGUCGUUGAACAAAUCAUACUCUACGUUCUCGGCAAGCAUCUUGGUGGAAAGGUGGUAGAGCAGGCCAAGUUUUCUGGCGACGCAUUUGCACAGCUUGUUACAGCAGGCCGCAUUCAAGGACAGUCGGGAGUGACGCCAUUCCUGCCAAUCAUGAACGCAUUUUCCGCCAUGGAGAAAGACAUUCGCGAUCUCGAGGACCUCCCACUUCAGCUCCGACAUCUCAGGGCUGCUGAUCCACAAUUGAGGUACACAUCUGUAGAGCCUCCACUUCCUGGACACUCGCCUGCCGCUGUUGUAUUGCAAUUCGAGGGCUCAGGUCGCUGGCCAGAUGAUCUCUGCGCAAUCCAGCGAACCAAGAUCGCUUUCCUUCUUAGGAUCGCGGAGCUACUGGUAAAAGCCAAGUCUGAGUACGCCGCACGUGUUGGCCUGGAGAAUCAGUCGCAGCCUGCCCAAAACCAAGCGUUCCUAGAUGUUACGGCUCCCGGAGGCUUUACAUUCCGGAUUCGAAUUUACCACGAUCGCGAGGUGACACUGUUCGAGAGACAACUGAAGGACAGCACAUUAGAUGCAGCUUCGCGGGAGUCAGCUGCUGCUUCGUUGGCUCUGUAUAAACGCGAGUUCGUUCAGUCGCCUUUACAUUCGCAAGUACUGCAGACUCUCUCAACACGCUUCCUUGCACUUUCACCGUCAAUCAGAUUGAUGAAGCGAUGGUUUGCGUCGCAUCUUCUUGCACCACAUUUCGCACCCGAGCUUGUUGAGCUACUCGUUAUCCGAACUUUCUUACAACCACAACCUUGGCCUGUACCAUCUACUGCCACCACUGGCUUCAUCAGGACUCUAUCAUGGAUCAGUCGCUGGGAUUGGCGCCAUGUGCCUCUUAUAGUAGACUUUUCGACUACGUUCUCCAACAACCCCAUGGAAGUGGCUGACACUACAUCGAAAGGAAUGAAGGCUGAAGAUCUCGAGCGCUUACAGACACGCUUCGAAGCCUGGCGCCGCAUUGACCCAGCGAUGAACCGCGUGGUCUUGUUCGCAGCCACCAACCUGGAUGAGGAGGGCACAACAUGGACAGACAAAUCGAAGCCAGAAAAGGUCGUCGCGGCACGCCUCACCGCGCUCGCAAAAGCUGCAACACAUGCUGCGCGUGCUGAUGAUGACCGUUUGUUGAAGCACAUCAAUGGCAACGACGCGAAAGCCCAGACUGCAUUGACACCGGAAUCCCUUUUCAACGCCAACUUCUCCGAGUACGACAUCGUCAUCAACAUCAAUCCAAAGCACAUACUCAAACCAUUGAAAAAGCGCAAGUCCGAGGUGCAAUUCAAGAACGUUGAGAUCCAGCAAUCUGCUCGAAAGGAUCCAGCAACAACUCCAUUGCCACAGCUCUUCGCGAAAGAACUUUUAGAUGUCUAUGGUGAUGCGGUACUCUGGUUCUGGGAUCCUGAAACACUCGACAAGAUUGUAGGAUUGUGGAAUCCGGUUGUCACUGGGCAGCGUAGCUGGAAGAUCAAGGCUGGUUGGAACAGUGAACCCAUCAGGAAGAGGAGCAGUGGAGAGGAGAAGAGCAAGGAUGUUGAUAUCAGGGUGAACAAGGCUGCUGUGAUGAACGAGAUCAAGAGGCUUGGUGGAGAUCUGAUCAAAGAUAUUGAAGUGAAGUCCUGA